AUCAACAAGCAAUCGAAUUGAAGUCGCGCCUUUGGCUUCACCUGGUUGUAUACUCCUGACGAUGUUCGAUGUGACGGUUAAGACGUUAGAUGGUAGGGACUCAGUCUUUCAAGUGGGAGAUGAAGACAUGACCGUUGAGAACUUCAAGAAAGAGAUAGAGGAAAGAUUGAAUAUAGCAUCAGACCAGCAACGUCUAAUAUUUCAGGGGAGAGUUCUGAACAAUGAGCAAACAUUGACUGAAUGCGGUGUUCAGGGAAAAGUAGUACAUUUGGUUGUAAGACCUCCUCCGACUACUAGAGAACACCAACCUACUGUCACUUCAACCAAUGAUUCAACAGCAAACAUAGGUGGUUCCGGUUUAGGCGGUUUCACCUUUGGAGGUAUAAGCAUGCAGCAGGCGAUACAGGAUAUUACCUCUGGAAUACUAAAUAGUGUGAACGAGCUCAGAGUUGCUAACAUACCUCUCUCAGGCGAGGCAGACUUAGUCGGUGAUCCUCCGAAUGAACAGUCUUUAAUAUCUGCGCGUGAAAAUACUUUUAACAAGUUGCAUCGACAGGCUACUCGUCUUGCACAGAAGAUAACCCAAACCUCGUCUAGAGAUGUUUGUAAUUCUCAAGGUGUGAAAGAUAAACCGGCAGAUACUAAUUUGACUCCAUCGACAUCGAAUAACACAAGUGUGUUUACCGUUCAAGAACCCAAAGAUGAUGAGACAACUUUCGCUCUUAAUGAUAUGAAAGAGGACUGCAAACAGAAGGAAUCAUCACCUAUGAUGGUAGACACUGAUGAACACGAAGAAACCGCAAAUCGUGUUGACAAUAAUGAUGCUGAUGGUGAUGAAAGUAAGAAGGCAAAAACUGAGGAUAAAAAUGUUGGAACUACAGAAGAUAACUCAGCUAAUCCUUCACAAGAUCGUUCUUUGGCUAUGUUAGCAGACAUGCUCAGUAGAUAUUGUGAACUAUGGCAUUCAAUGGAGCCAUAUUUAGACCAGUGGAGGCAAAUGUUGAUUGAUGAAAGCAAGAUUGUAGAGGUUGUAGAUGAAAAUGAUAUUACUGAUGAAGAAGAGUGUAUUGGCGAGUCAUCAUCAUCAUCGUCAGCAAAUGUUCAAGUUCAAAGCAGUUCAAAUCAACCAGUAUCAAACUGGCGUCCACGGCUAUUCUCUCAAGUGAGUCGUUUAUUACACUUGAAUGCACAUAUGCUGCAUUUGAUAUCAGAUUUCGAUGUGAUAACUGUAACAGAACGUGAGACCCAACAAGUGGAUAGUAACAUAUCAACAUCUCAACAAAAUAAUGUUCCAUCUGAUUCAACACAAAAAACAACAACAACAGCAAAUGAAUCUCAAAAAGACGAUAGUGAAAAAGGAAAAAACGCAACUACUGAGGCUACACGCAAAGAGUUAAAGUCGUCUACGCCUCAGGUGAAUAAAACGCCUCAACAUGUAUUAUGUGUUCCUGAGAUGACGGAUAGACGCAGAAUAAGAGCACGAAUCAAUGUAGAGCCGUCUGAUGUAACUAUUGUCGCGACAUCGACGGAUGAACAACAACCACGACUGGUUCGAAGUGAACAGCCUACAAAUAGUGUUAAUUCAUCGUCUGCACGUUUUCGAAGUCGAUCAGCUUCAAACAUACGUCGUUCUAAUAAUUCACAAUCACAAAAUGUCCCUCUUGUAACAAGUUCUUCAGGUAUAACCGCCAACUCUGGAGUGACGACGACUACACCUCUAGGAAAUGGGCGUACUGCUAUUAUUCAUCGAUUUGACAUUCCAAUUAUAUCAGUGAAUACAUUCAAUCUGCCGACUGCACCAUUUUUAGCCUCUCUAUCUUCAUCAGCAACAUCGACACCAGUAACAUCUGGUCCAACAUCAGUGUCGUCUGCUACUACGACAACGCGUCCACCAGCGCCACCACCAACUGCUACCACCACUACACCUACUCCUAUUACUGUUACCACUGAUUCCCUACCACCUAGUCAUGCGAAUGUUACCCUGCUUCCUCGGCCAUCAAUACCUCCUCCACCUCCGCUCCCACCACUAUCGGUAAUCAAUUCAAGUGACCAGUUUCUGAUGUGCAAUUCACGUCAUUUUUCACAUGAAGUUAUCCAUAGAGUAGGAACAUCUCAAGGAUUACUUGGACCACCGCCUCUUACACCAAUCCCAGAUGCUGCUGGUGGUAAUGUCAAUCGUCAAAAUCAGACACAAACAACUACAGCAAAUUCUACGACCGGUCGUAGUAAUAAUACUAGUCAUAAUCUACCCGGAUUUUCUACGCAUAUUCCAUUUUCUUUUGGAGAGUCAAUACCACCAACAAGUGUUCCAAAUAAUUCAUCUGCAACAACAACCACAAACACCGGCAAUACAGAAAGCAGAACACCUGGAGCAACAUUCUCUUUCACUUCAGGUUUCAAUCUACCACAACAGCUUAUAUCGCUUGUUACUGCGGCUACAAAUGCUGCCGUGUCUGCUGUGAGUAGUGAUCAAUUCACUACUGGUGGUGGUGGUGGUACUUCACCAUUCAGUUUUCUUGUCUCCUCAUCACCAAUCCAAUUCACUGUAAAUGCAUCACCACAGCCUAUAGUGACAACGAUAUCAACAAGGACAACAACAACCGCCACUGGUGCUGCUACUGCUGGUGCUGUGACGUCGAAUAACACUUCUUCAGGUGCUAAUCAAGGAGUCGAUUCACGCGCUCAAACAACAACUACAACCAUGACAACGUCAGCAACACGUACAUCUUCAAGAGUCGUUUCUCGUGUCACACCGUCUUGGGCAACACCUGAUGGAGUAGCUGAACAGCAGUUACAACUUGAUGGAAUAUUUCGAAUAUUCAGUGUAAUUAUAGACGGUCUUAUUCGAACUGUAUGGUCAAGAGUUUCUCAGUCUUCUGCAUAUCCAAUUCCUGCCUGUCAAUGUGUAACAGAUCAAAAUAGCAUCGGUAGCAGUAUAUCACGUCAUCAAAAUAUAUCUGCUGGAUUAUUAAAUGAUAUUCUUAAUGCUGUUCGUGGUGAAGUUCAUGCUGCCUCAGAUACUACUACUGAUGUCUCUGGUCAUGUUACUGCAGCUGCAUUGGAUGGUUUACGUGAUCAUCUACAACAUUUAUUGUUGUGUGCUGAUUCAGUGACAGGAAGCAAUCAAUCUGAACUAGUUAAUUCACUAGUUAGUACUAUUUUUAGAGGUCGACUAUCGGAUGCUUGUCACAGUGAAUAUACAUUGUGGAUAAACAAUUUUGAUGAAAAUUCUUCUCAAAAAAUGAUUGAUGUUACCGCGUCAUUUGCUAAGCUAUGCAGGUACAUUAUUUCUUCUCAAUUGGAUUUAUGGAGAGCUAGUCCAACAAAUACUGGAUUCGGUAGUACUCUGUUAAUGACACUGAAAAUAGCGUGUACAGAUCUACUGUGUUUAGCUGAUCUGUUGACAACUCGUCUAGCAUCUAAUUUAAAAAUUGAAUUGUCAAAAACAUCAAAGUGUUCAUCAGGGGAAACUCGAAGUCAAAUAUUUGGCAUUGGAAUGGGUUUUGAAACAUUGAUGGAUCAUUGUAAUUCAUUUUUACAAGAUAUUGAAGAUGAUGAAUGCUUCGACUUAGGUCAUGAUUUUGUGACAGGUCUUAACAACUGCAUUCAAGCCUAUUGUGAUAUGGAUGAGGCUACAAUUCGUGCCAAGGUGGCACAUCAGAUAUCUGCGUAUAUGGAAUUCAGAAAACAAGCAAGCCAAACUCCUUCACCUAUGCUGGUUGAUCCUGUUAGUCCCAAGAUUUUGAUUUCAAAUGGUGAAAUUCAACGGAACAACUUCUGUGAUGAAGAUCUACACGGAGAUGAUUUACCCUUCUUGGAUGCUUAUUCUGAUCCACCUUCUGAUGAAACAAACCACACCCACCCGCCUAUUUCACUGCAAUUGUCCACUCCUAGCACUACUACUACUGCAUCAAAGGAAAACAAUAAAUUCCCGUCUAGUCAGCUUAAAUUACAAGCGAAAAUAUCCGCUUUACCUGACUGGUCACCCAAACCAGGUGAACUACCGAAUUCUAAAUUGACUGCUCUUGAUCCUAAUCCAAAUUCCACACUGUCUAUGGAGGCUACAGCAAGAGACAGUAAUGAAGCAGCAACAGCAGCAGAAGGCUGGCAUGCUGUCUUACCUCCUGCAUGGAUUCAUGUUGUUACUGGUGAUAUGUCCACUAUGUCACGCAAUCCUCCAGAGUCGGAUGAUCCUGAUCAAUUUGGACGGUUCAGUGAUGGAUAUAUCGCUGGAAUGCCUGCCAAAAGACGAAAGGUUAUGCAAGAUCACUCAGGAUCUAUAUAUCAAUCACCAGAUCAGCUAUUCAUGGAAUGCUUAUCGGAUGCUGUAGCAGCCAGUGACAAUGUUGUUGGUAACAAAGAACAAGCUGUAGAAGAGAAAAAUUCACCUGAAUUAAGGCGAUUACUACCAAGCGCAGACAAAGAAUUGAUUAACUCUUUUCGAGAUAUUGUAUCUGACCGUUUGACUGUACGUUUAAUAAAUGAUCCUGAUUUUGACGCAGUACAAUUCCCUACAGCUACUCAAACAUUUGUAAGGAAAGAUUCGAAGCCUUCAUCAUAACUUUUGGUCUGGUAGGUGCUUGAAUAAAAAUACUAUUACCGAUAAUGAUAAAUAUUACGAAACCAUUCGUACGAUUCUGUUCUUCUUCGACUUCUACUUCUUCGCACACACACACACAGUGUUAUGUUGUUCACAAAAAGCCAAGUCUUAUGAAUCAAUAAAUGGACGGGCUUUUUAAUGUGUUGUAUGUUUUUAUUACUUUUUAAUUUCGUAUUAUGUGAACUUCUGUUUAUCUUUAAAAAAAAUUGAAUCUAUGAUGAAGGAGAGAAAAAGUUGUUUUUAUAUAUAUAUAUACACACACACACUUGUCUCCUUAUGAAUUUACAACUAAAUAUAUAAACAUUCUGUCUGUUUUCGACAUAGGACUUUGCACCGAUGUGUGACAGUUCAAGUCGCCACACUCCAUGUAGCACGCAAAACCAGGGAGAAAUGCAUAAUAGAGAC